UUGUUUCAUCUCUUUUAUUCCAGGCAGUGUUCUCUUUCUGGCAGUCCUCAACCAGAGUCGUGGCUGGAAUUGCGGGUUUCGAAGUUCGCAAAGUUGGCGGCUUUCCCGGUUGUGGUGCGAUGUGCACGGGAGAAACCGCAGGGAAUAUUACGUACUGAACGAGAGUUUCGGCAAUGGUUCAGGCGUAAUUCGCUAAAGCCUGAAUUAUCAACUGCGGGCGAAUACGUGGUUCAAGAGUAUAUUGAGGACGGUCACGAAUUCACUGCAUUAUGUACUGCUAAAGGAGGAUUGGUUGCAUGCAUCGCUUCCGUGGAAACUCACCGAACAAUUCUUGAAUGCAUUCAAAGUCAGCUCCCAUACGCCGUUCAGCUGUUCAGUGUGGAGCAAACACGAGAUCAUCUGCCUGGUGUGGAAUCGUUUGCUACCCAGGUAAAAUAA